AGACUCCCCUCACAUUCUCAUCUCUUCCUUCCUUCUCCUCUUUCUUUUCCAUCUCUCUCUCUUAUUUUUUUUUUCUCUUUAUCGCCGCCGCUUCUGUUACCUUUGAGCCGAUUUCGAUGAGAAUAACGUCUGUGAAGAAGCCUAAGAUGGUGGAUGAGUGGGUGGAGACGGCUUUAACAGACGACGUUAUGUUGGUGGAGCUUCUUCUCCGACUCAAACACGCCGGAACUGUUAAAUCCGAUAAUCAGGCGGUUAAUCUACCUGAAUUACGGUGGGGGAUUCGUCAACGGCGGUCACGACCUUCGAGAUUAGGAGGGGUGGUUAAUGUUGGUGGCGUCGGAGGUUAUCUGAAGAAGGAAACUGAUUCGGCUAGAGCUAGUCCGAUGACUCCUUUAUGUUGGAGUGGCGGAUCUGGUAGCGGCCGAUCUACUUCUCCUUCUACCGCAACCGCCGAUGGUUUUGAAGAUACUAGUCGUCUAGCUAGCUGCUCUACAUCCGGAUCUAAGGCAGUAAAUGAAUUCACCAGCUCUUGCUUUAGGAGAUCAAAGAAGAAGAAGAAGACAUUUUUCGAACUUAAAGACGCAGAGCACUUGCAUUUGAAGGAAAGACUUGACCUUGAAAAGAAGAUUGCAAAUGUGCAAGCAACCUACUUUGAACGAAAUGCAAAGAACCAAAGCUUGAAGAGAAGAAUUAAGCUUGCAUACGCAGAUCGAGGCAAGACAGAUCUGAUUAGUAGUAAAUCAAAUCUAGAAGAGUCUCGUAAACGUAGGCACUUAACGAUCAAAAACGAAGAGAAAGGUUUCUUCUUCCUCCCUGAUCUGAAUAUGGCUGCACCCACUGACGAAGACGAGACUCUGUACGGUACAAGCUAAAGAAAGCAGGAUAGCAGAUAGUAAAAAGAAUGGUGUUUUGCUUUUUUCGGUACAAGUAAGUGGUCGGGGGUGAUCGAGUAAGCGAGUUCACCUGCAUGUUUUUAUUAUCACUCAAGAAGGGUAGAAGAAGAUUUUAUAAAAAAAAAAAAAAAAAGGAAAAAA